AGCCAGCAAGUCAGUCAGUCCGGGACAGUCAUUCGUGAUUCUGUGUCCACACGAGACGCACGCGUGUCCCACAGACCUUUACGUUGUUCGGAUUCUCUCGCUCUCGCUCGGUGUCGUCGCACUGUCCUGCUCUCACCGUGUUGUAGGGUUCGCGACAGACCCUUUGGUGAAUAGUUUCGGAACGCGUGGUUGACACAGUCGAUUGACCGCCAACGCUUGCUAACCGAUACGGGAGGUUCAGAGAACCCCGAAAAGCCAGCCAGACACACGGAUUACUCAUCAAGGCGGUUGUACUGUACAGGUACACCACGCGAAGCAAAGAAACAAGGGAGAUACCGAAAUUGUAACAAAACAUAAACGAGUGAUAUAAAGUGAAAUCAAGUGCUUUCAGACGACCAAUACUUUUACCAAACACAACCAACACGCCUAUAUAUAGUAUACAAACGGGGUAGAGGCGAGUUUAUUCGAGUACAGAAGGUUGUAAAGAUAGGAGCAGAAUAAUAAAUAACACAUAUAGUGUAACAAGUGCGAAUAAAUUGGGCCUCGGCAUUGAUAAAGUGAAGAGGAAACUCGAAGAAAAGAAGCAAACAACAAGGAGUCAAUUGCGCUCAAUCGCUCUCGACAACAGUUGCAUAAUGUUAAGUGAAUAACAGUGAUUCAUUUUGCCUUGUUCUGAGUGCAUUACAAUAUUCUCGCAAAGAGAAGGGCCCGCGUUCGGUACACGAAGAUCCCGAUCGAGUGAGAUCAUUUCUAAAUAGAAGGUGCCGCUGCACAAACAAACAGUGAUCAUACGGAGAUUGCUUCUCGGUUAAAUCACCCCCAACCUCUUGGAGCUUGGAGUACCCAAAAACAACCUGUCAAAAUUCACACCAAUUCCACGCGAUCCUCGAGUCCACCGUCACCGUCGUCGUCAUCACCCGGCACAACGGUGGUGACAACCAGCGCCACAACGUCCACCAAGAUGAGGAUAAAGCGCGAAUCGACCUGCCUCGGACUACGGCUCAUGCCGGCCACCAAGCUCGCGAUCCACAACCCGCACAAACGGCACAAAGAUACCUGCGAUGACUCAUCGAUCACGCCUGGAACCCGGAUACCGCUGGCCCGCAGCUGUUCCAGUCCGGCCGUGUCCUACGACAUUGAAUCGCAUCCCGCAUCGCCAGUGUUUCCCUUCCUGCUGCUCGGGAACGGCCGGGACGCGAUCGACCCGACCACCGUGGGAGCCAACUGUGUCCUGAACGUUACCUGCCAACAACCGGCCGACUGCCUGCUGCAGCCAGGCUUCGGCUACAAACAGAUCCCGGCCAGCGACACGCCGCACCAGAACAUCAAGCAGUACUUCCAGGAGGCUUUUGACUUUAUCGAGGAUGCCCGGAAGCGUGGUUCCACCGUGCUGUUGCACUGUCAGGCUGGAAUCAGCCGCAGCGCUACAAUUGCGAUAGCCUACGUCAUGCGGUACAAGGCCGUCUCGCUGCUGGAGGCGUACCAGAUGGUGAAGCUGGCCCGGCCCAUCAUCUCGCCCAACCUGAACUUUAUGGGUCAGCUGCUGGAGCUGGAGCAGGCGCUGAUUGCGGACGGCAAGCUGGAACCGCCGCCGCCGUCCCCGAUCGUGCCCCCUAGUCAGCCUCCGUUCUUCCUGAUCAACAACGGGAGCAAGUUCAACCCGCAUGACGAGGAGAUGGACGACGACGAGGAGGACGACAGCAAGAACAAUAACAACAACAACAGGGACAGUGGGUGCAGCACGGCCAGCAGCAGUAGUACCAGCUCCAGCCGUAGCAGCACUGGCCGUUGCCCGCCCAGGUUGACGCUGAGACUCCCAACGUCACCUCCCUCGUCGCCCUCGUCCCUGUCUUCGCCUUCCUCGCUAUCCUCCUCGUCAUCGACGCCAUCCCCCACCCAAUCGCUGGCACCGGUUCCGGCGACACCCAUCGGUACCGUCGCGCCACGACCCUUCCCCGCUCGCAGCAGCAGCAGUUCCAACGUGCGGCCAGCAUCCUCCAAUUCCAGCUCAUGAUCAGAUUUAAGCUAGUUAGACCUAAUUUUUUUCGUCCCUUUUAUGCUAUAAUCUUAAAUUUGUGUGAUAAAAACUAUUUUUAAUGAAGCUAAUUUAUAAACUUUAUCUCCAAAAAUGUAAAUAGUAGCUCUUAAGCCAUUUUCGGUAAGUUGAGAAGCGUGUACCAAUAUAUUCGAAUCCAUGGUCAAAAUCCUAAACUGGCAACACUGGUACCAAGCUGUCAAAUGUCAGAUGCCGUCAGAGCAAUAGGUGAACUGUCAAACUGCACUCUCGUUCAAAGCCACUCAGAUUUUAUUCAAACCAAUAUUACUCUGAAUUCUGUAGGGUGGCAAAUAUCAAAUUUGGCUUCAAUUCAAUCGGAUUUCAUAAAAUUAUUAUGCCACUUACUCAUUGCUGAGUACGGCUUUGUUAGAAUGAGUUUUAAGGCAAAAUUUAGUGAAACACUCCAAACUGAGAGAUUUUGAAGUGAUUGACAGCAACAAAAAAAGUGUCAACAAGCCAGUGCGUGUUGAGUUUUUCAUCAAAAACACCCAUCAAAAAAGCGAAUCGCCCCAUAUCAUCAUUGUUUGCAAAACUUACCUGUUGAUGCGAGCAAACAAAACAACAACAAGAAGAGAGCAUUUAGCGCCAUAAAACUGCGACAAACAGCGAAAACAAAGCUAAAUAUAACAUAAAAACACACCCACACUGAAAGCAAAUUCUAGUCUCAUUUACUGUUUAAGUUAACUUCUGUACGCCAACAAGAUUAGUGCUAAGAGACUGUAGAUUUACGGAAAAUCGAACUAUCUAUAUUUUUAAGGAAACUGUGAAUAAAUGAUUGUCUAUCGUGGAAAAUUCUAAACGAGAGAAAACUUAUUAAAAUGUUUGUUUUGUAAAGUUGUGCACACCUCCUCUGAACCCCACCCCCUCAAAAUCACUUUCUACUACUAAAACAAACAACACUUUUGAAAAGGCUGUGUUAAGGUUUAAAUAACUCUUACGAAAUCAACCAGACAACAACAACAACAAGCUGUAACGAGAACAAUAAAUUGCCUGAAAUUUGCAGAGAAACAAACAGUUAAUUUUCAUAAGAAGAAGACAUAUCUUUUGAAACCUGCAGAAUUCUGCGCUUUUGUGUGCUUUUAAGCGUGAGAGUGUACAAAUUCUAAUCUGUUUUGUUGAUUUUCCCGCCACUUGUUUUAGUUUUGAUAAUCGAUAAUUUUCUUGCAAGCCAGAUUAAGGAGGUUACAAAUGUACAAUAACGCAGCACAAGUUACACAUUGCACCCGUGCGCCAGCAUAACAAAACGAUUGUAAGUUUAGAAGUUUGCGUAAAUGUAACGAUAUUGGCAACAUGUAAAAAAACGGAAAAAUAAUCCUGAUGCAUAAAAAACAAAAAUAUUUAUUCUGCAGAAACAUUUUCGUUUCACUAGUUAAAGUUUAAAUUAUUCAAACAAAAAAACUGCUAGGAUAGUCUUGUAUAACGCUAACGAGGUGAGUCGACACUCAGAAUUAUAACACAAAUUAGUAUGAAAACGCAAA